UGCUGUGAGUGUUUCGCGCGGUGAAUGGGGCACUGAGGGGGUAAUCCGGGGUAAUCCAGGAUUGGGUGCCGGCCGCGCGCUCCCCUGCUCCCUCCGUAGCCAUGCCUCGCAAAAUCGAGGAGAUCAAGGACUUCCUGCUCACGGCCCGGCGAAAGGACGCCAAGUCCGUCAAGAUCAAGAAAAAUAAGGACAAUGUGAAGUUCAAAGUUCGGUGCAGCAGAUACCUUUACACCCUGGUCAUCACGGACAAGGAGAAGGCAGAGAAACUGAAGCAGUCCCUGCCCCCAGGUUUGGCGGUGAAGGAGCUGAAGUGAACCUGAUCCACUGAUGUGAACUGUAUUAAAGUUUUAAAAAUUC